CCUCAAACAAAGAGAUCAUAUAGACUCCCGAUCCUCAGUCAAAUUCAACAACUAUCAACCAUCUAUAUUCAUAUAUUUAUAUUAUCCACCAUCAGGAACCAGACACCAUCUCUUCCAUCAUCUCAUUUCUCUCAGACUCCACUUUUAAUUUAAUUCCAAUCCAUCACAUGGCAGCCUUUUCUCAGCAGUCUCACCACCUCCACCCCCACAAAAAUUUAAGGCUGGACUCGACCAUUGUGCCAAGCAUGUCUGCAGUAUUUGAUGAUGAGAAGAAACCCACCACCUCCAUCUCCUGUUUUUCUGAUGAUCCUGUGAAGAAGAUCACGCAUUGUUCAUCCAUGGGGGCUGAGCUUGGGGCUCCAGGGAUGGCGAGGAAGAGAAAGAAGGCUGAUUUUGAGGAAGAGAGGGACGUGGAGGAGAAGAAGGGUAAAGCUGAGAAGAAGAGGAAGAAGAAAGUGGUGAAAGAGGUCCCAAGUGGGUUUGUUCAUGUGAGAGCAAGGAGGGGUGAAGCAACAGACAGUCACAGCCUUGCCGAAAGGGCAAGAAGAGAGAAAAUCAGUGAGAGAAUGAAGCUUUUGCAAUCACUUGUUCCUGGUUGUGACAAGAUCAUUGGCAAGACUCUCGUACUGGAUGAGAUAAUCAAUUAUGUCAAGUCCCUGCAGAAUCAAGUCGAGUUCCUUGUGGGCAAGCUUGCUUCUAUAAGCCCUAUGCUGAUUGGACAUGAAGCAAAUUUGGAUUCUAGCACACUCCAAUCAGAGAAUCUUUGCAGCUUUGGACCCCCACUGCCAUCUCUGUUGGCAUGCAACUUUACCCAGCUUAAUUCUUAUGCAGAAACAUCACUCACUUCUUCAUUUUCACUGCAACAGGACCACCUCUCCAGUGUUGUUUCUCAGAAUGAUGGGAUCAUUUUAUGGGACAUGGAUGAUCAAGAACAGAGGCUUCUUGAUCAGUAUGGUUUCAGCAACGGAUACUCUUUUUAGUACCCCUACAGAUUUCUUAGGAAACUUUAACUGCUGCAACAAUAGAAAAAAAAAAGAAAAAAGGGAUAUUAUAAAUCCCAAUUGGUUUAGGGGGAAGUUGGCAUUUUCGGUUCAAGCUUCUGCCAUUGGAGGAUGCCUGCAAGCAUAAUGAGAGGGAAGAGAAAAAGAAAAUAGAUAAUAAUCAUAAUAAUAAAAAAAGAAAAAAGAAAAAAAGAAAAACCCACCCUUGAGGACACAAACACAAGUGGCUAAUCAAAUUAUUGUGUCAUUCUCUGUUGUUGUUGUUGUACAUCUUGAGCUACCAGUGUUUGUUUCUAGUACAAAUUUCAAACCUCUGUUAUGUUUGUAUUUUAUUUUAUUCUUAUUUUACUCCCCAGAAAAUUGUGUAAUAUUUGGUUAAAGAGGAUGACAUCAUUAUUAAAUGACCCUUUUAAAUUGUUGAGGAAAUAUGAAGAAUAUUGUUUCUUUCUUGUA